AUGUCCCACUUACGAUUCGGAAGGCUCAACCGCAGUUACGUCGCCUUGGGCGUCGUCGUCCUGCUGGUGUACAUGUUAUUCGUCCAUCAGGAUCGUUUGUCGUUGUCAUCGCUGCCAUACCGCGCGAUCCAGCCCGUCGACCUUACCGCCCAGCGCAUAAAGACUUUACCCAAGACUGAGGUUCUCGCCCAUGCCCCUGGGUUCUCAGUCAUCGAGAACUUGUAUUGGCAUAAUCGCACAUUCUACCUGGUCACCGACCAACCCUGGCGGAUCCCGCCCAUUAAACUAAUCGCGUCGUUGAGCACCGACACCCGCACUCCUGCCAAUGGACGAGUUGUGGCGAAGAUCAAAAGCAUCCGAUUACAGCCUGUCAGUCCGGAAGUUAAAGAAAGCAAUCAGAUCGGCGAGACCAUCAGUCUCGAAGCCGCCGAACGUCAAUUUGGUUCCGCUCAGGUCAUUGAGGGACCAAUGAUCAUUAACAAUGAUGACAACUUUGCUGCGCACUAUUACCAUUGGAUCGGCGAAACCUUCUUGGGAUCGUGGCGAGUGUGGAGCAACUAUGGGUGGCGGACAGGAAUGAAACUCCCCAUGAUCAAGCGAGUCGCGUUUACACAGCAAUACUCCAAAAAUGACGCACCGCCAGGCGCCAAACCAGGCAAAGAUAUCUUCAAUGAUAAGCCGGGAGCCAACAUCUGGUUCACAGAAAAAUUCUUCCCUGGCGUUGUGUGGGAUACCAAGGCCGUGUGGGAUAGACGCGCCGACUCCGGCAAAGUAUACCGCAUCACGACCGCUGUUCUCGCCGAUAGAGCCGCAGGACACUCUGGUCCAUCAGCAGCCUACAAGCCCUGGGGCGAUGUCCUGCGCCUACCCGUCGCUCCCGACUGGCUCCUCGCCUUGCGGGAGCGUGUAUUCUCUGAAUAUCGUGGUGACACGCCGCUUGGUAUGCCGGAGAAGCCACUCGUCGUUUACCUCCAACGUCAAGAUAGCAGUCGUCGGCUCGUGACGGAAGAUCAUGAAGCACUGGUCGACGAGCUUUAUCAGUUGCAACAUGAAGGAGUGGCCGAUAUUGCUUUGGAAGCUUUCAAUUCUAGUAUGCCCUUCGACGAGCAAGUAGCAAGGAUUGCACGAGCUACUAUCCUCAUUGCGGUACAUGGAAAUGGUCUCACCCAUUCGCUUUGGAUGACUCCUACGCCAAGAAGCGCCGUUUUCGAAUUCCAACCUCGUACAUGUACUAUCACGGAUUAUAGUCCGUUGGCAAUUGCGGCUGGCGUCCAGCACUACAUGGUACACGAGACUGAUUUCUGCCUACCGUUGGAUUGUCCUGGACGUCAUUGCGAGAAACCUGGCGGUAUCAAUACGAUCAUCAAUCUCGAGCCCAGGGUCGUUACCGACCAGAUAAGGCGUAUCUUGGCACACUAG